AUGAAUUUUGAAUUUGAGAGGGAGAUCGGUUUCAUAAACAGCCAGCCGUCCCUAGCAGAGUGCCUGACGUCCUUCCCCGCCGUCCUGGAGUCAUUUCAAACUUCAUCAAUCAAGGAGUCGACAGUAAUUCCGCCUCCCUUUGAGCACACCAUCCCCAGCUUCAGCCCCUGCACAGCCAGCCAGCCGAGACCAGCUGCGAGAAGCCAGCAGAACCGGAGAGCCUCCGCCACUAAUGGCCUCCAGACGCAUCACGGAGCCGCCCAGCAGCCAUACACGACCGGCCAGGCCCCCGCCCCGGCCACGGUCACCCCGACCGGCCCGAUUGCCCACGAGUUCCCCUGGAUGAAGGAGAAGAAAUCAUACAAGAAGUGCCCCAAGCCAGGGAGCAACUCCAGCGGUACCGGAUCCAUCAUCCCCCCCGCCUCAUCCUCCCCGUCGUCAACUGCCUCUGGGUACGCUUCGGCGGGCAUCGAGUCACCCACAGACCCGAGUCAGGCGGGCCUAGACGCUGGAGGAGCAGGCUCCCGCCGGCUGCGCACCGCCUACACCAACACGCAGCUGCUGGAGCUGGAGAAAGAGUUCCACUUCAACAAGUACCUGUGCCGGCCCAGGAGAGUAGAGAUUGCCGCCCUGUUGGAUCUAACCGAACGGCAGGUGAAAGUUUGGUUCCAAAACCGGCGGAUGAAACAUAAGCGGCAAAACACGCACGGGAGCGGAGGAAGCCAUGAAUCCAGCGACACGGGAGGCUUUGAGCCGCUCGAAGGCGCUGACGCCUCCUCCCCGUAUUCAAGCCAGCCGCUGGAAGCAUCUGGCACAGGGGAGACUGCCUUGGAGGGAGAGCCGGGAGGCGGCAAUCCAUCUUCGGCCGCCUACGCUAAUGACAGCGGGGACAAUGCACAGCCCACACCAGAGGAGGGAGACCGUUUGAGUAUCCCCGAGCGGCCACCGCUGUUUACGGCAUCGGGGUGCCCUGACUCUGCGACGGCUCGUCACUCUCCGCCGGCGUUGGCGGUCACCAACUCUGCUGACAACCCGGGCCUGAUGCAGCUGAGCGAAUCCGUGCCUGGAUUAACAGCAGCUCCCGAGCAGCAGGACUCCUCAAUUACACCCACAGCUUCAUCUGCUCCUUCUGCCGUAUCUUCAUCGUCCCUACCCGACCUCACCUUCUUCGCCGGGGACCCCUGCCUGUCACCCAGUCUGCAGAGCACCCUGGACAGCCCUGUGGAUUUCUCAGAAGAGGACUUCGAUCUGUUCACAAGCACACUGUGCACCAUAGACCUGCAGCACCUCAACUUCUGA